AUGGCCUCCCAAACCCGCGACCCAGCCGCUGCCAGCGCUGCCGCCUCCCGCAAAGGAGCCGAGCCGAGCAGGGGCGCCACCUGGGGCCCAGUGGGCAAGUGGCUACAGCAGGAGCUGAUGACCCUCAUGAUGUCUGGUGACAAAGGAAUUUCUGCCUUCCCUGAAUCAGACAACCUUUUCAGAUGGGCAGGGACUAUCCACGGAGCGGCUGGCACAGUAUAUGAAGGCCUGAGGUAUAAGCUCUCCCUGGAGUUCCCCAGUGGCUACCCUUACAACGCACCCUCGGUGAAAUUCCUCAGGCCUUACAAGUGGCCGGCAACGUAUGACGUCAGGACCAUCCUGCUGUCUAUCCAGAGCCUACUAGGAGAGCCCAACAUCAAAAGCCCUUUGAACACACAUGCUGACGAGCUUUGGAAAAACCCCACAGCUUUUAAGAAGUACCUUCAAGAAACCUACUCAAAACAAGUCUCCAGCUAAGAGCCUUGACCUGAGCUGUCCAGCUUCUCCUGUGUUGUCUGUUUUUUCCUUAGUCUACCUGUCCUUUUCCUUGACUUCUGUACAGGACUCUGUUAUCUUGAGCUGUGGUGUUGUUUUUGUUAUGUUUUCUGUUUUUUAAAUUAAGAUUUAAGUCCUUGCAAUGUAUAUUAAAUAAAUAACA